CACCCGCACACACGGGAGAAGAGGGGCGAGGUUCGGCCCCGGAGGGGCUACCAGGGGGGUCUGCCUCCUCCCAGAUCCCACCCCUCCCCAGGACUCCCCCUGGUGACUGCCCUGGGCCCGAAAACCCAGGUGUGGAGUUGUGGGCUCCCUCCCCCAAGCCUCACGGCGAAGCGGGAGAACCAGCUGAGGCGUUACGCAAGUCCUGCUGUUUACCUCCCGCCGGAGCCUCCUCCCUCCCUAUAAAACCUGACGUGGUGGGGGAGAUUUCGCCGGGAUCGAAAGACUCUGAUAAAGACAGGCAGUCCCAAGACAGGGGCAGGGAAAAGCGGCGGGAGGUUCAUGUGGGAGGCGGCCAGAGGAGGCUCAAGUCAGCAAGCAGCGGGGGCUCUGCGUGCUCGCCGGCGGUCACCUCGGAGGUCGCGCCGGGGGUGGCGCCCCGACCCCGGCUUCCCAUGGAGUCGUCCGAGCUGGGCCCGGGGCUGGUGGAGCGUCUGGAGCAGUUGGCGACGUGUCCGCUGUGCGGGGGCCCCUUCGAGGACCCGGUGCUUCUGGCAUGUGAGCACAGCUUCUGCCGCGCGUGCCUGGCCCGUCGCUGGGGGGCCCCGCCGGCCCCCGGCGUCCAGGCGCCCCCCACCACCUGCCCCUGCUGCGGCCUGCCAUGUCCCCGCCGCUGCCUGAGGUCCAACGUGCGGCUCGCGGUGGAGGUGCGCAUCAGCCGCGGGCUGCGGGAGAAGCUGGCCGAGCCCGGGGCCAGAACGGGAAGACGCCGAGGGGGUCGCAUCCCCACCAUGGGCUGCCUGGAUCCGCAGGGCGAGGAUAUGCGGAAGACAUGGAGACGAUUUGAUGUCCAAACACCCAGGACUUCCAACUCAGAGGAAGAGCUCCCGGAAGAUUACCCAGCGUCUAAAAACAUGCUGCACCGGCUGGCAGCUGACCUGACCCUGGACCCUGGCACAGCACACCGUCUCCUGCUCAUCUCCGCUGAUCGCCGCAGCGUCCGGCUAGCCCCUCCGGGGACUCCCGCGCCUUCGGACGGCCCUGCGCGCUUCGAUCAGCUCCCGGCGGUGCUGGGCGCGCAGGGCUUCGGGGCCGGCCGCCACUGCUGGGAGGUGGAGACGGCAGACGCAGCCUCCUGCAGGGACUCUUCCGGGGAGGAUGAGGACGACGACGGGGAGAGCCGCUAUGCUGUGGGCGCGGCCGGGGAGUCGGUGCAACGCAAGGGCCACGUCAGGCUGUGCCCUGCGGGGGCUGUGUGGGCUGUAGAAGGCCGCGGCGGCCGCCUGUGGGCCCUCACGGCACCCGAACCCACCCUGCUGGCCGGUGUCGGUCCCCCACCGCGGCGCAUUCGGGUGGACCUGGACUGGGAGCGAGGCCGCGUAGCGUUCUACGACGGCCGCUCGCUGGACCUGCUCUUCGCCUUCCAGGCUCCUGGCCCCCUCGGGGAGCGCGUCUUCCCGCUGCUCUGCACCCGUGAUCCCCGCAUCCCACUCCGCAUCGUGCCAGCGGAAGGCUGAGCGUCGCCUCCAAUCUUCACUGUACUUUAGCCCAGCCACCUUGACAGGCGGCCGCAUGUUGGGCGCCGACACCCGAUUCCAGGGAUCAUGUCUACAAGCCCACUGGAGUACUGAUAAGCAUCCCUACGAGGACACGUUCUCUCAUCACCCCUCACAAAUAACCCCUCAACUUGUCUCCGGUUUCCCACAUGCAUAAAGCUGAAUCCACUCCUGCUCACUCCCUCUCUGGAAAGUGUCUCCUCACCUCACCUCAGUACUUCCCAGCUGAGCUCCAUCCUUCUAACCCCUCCCAGGCCUCAACUCAGAUCUGGUGAUGGGGCCAUUGGCUGUGGAGACCUCGCUAGGCAAACGCUGACCUCCCCCUCUUGCCUCCUCUCCUAGCGCCAGAGGCGGCUUUGGUGCCUUGUCCAGGGUUGAG